CCCCGUUGUCCGGGCGGGCGGGAGGUAGCGGUUCCUGCGGCGAGGGAUGGAGGCGGCAGCGGCGGGACGGCCGCGCUCCCUCAGCAGAGCCCUGGCCGGGGAGCGCCCCGCGGGAUGCGGCUGCCCCCCGGCCCCCUCCGCCAAGGCCGAGGCGCGGGUGCUGGUCAUCAACACGGGCGGCACCAUCGGCAUGGUGCAGGACGCCAAGGGACUUGCUCCUGAGGCCAAUAAACUAGUAAACAGCUUGAAAAAAAUGCCGAUGCUGCAUGAUAAGGCAUAUACCCAGGAAACAAAACUGAACAACUCCCAUGAAUUUCCAGAGAACACGUUGGUGCUCCCUGUCUCCAAGCAAAACAAAAGAAUCUUUUACACAAUCCUCGAGCUCUCACCACUACUUGAUUCUUCCAACAUGACACCAGAAGACUGGGCCAAAAUUGCAAAGAAACUUGAGGAGCACUAUGAAAAGUACGAUGGUUUUGUGAUCCUUCAUGGUACUGAUACUAUGGCAUAUACAGCUUCAGCCUUAUCCUUCAUGUGUGAGAACCUGGGUAAAACUGUUGUUCUGACAGGAUCUCAGGUGCCCAUAUACGAGUUGCAGAAUGACGGCCGAGACAACCUUCUGGGGGCAUUGCUGAUGGCUGGGCAGUUCGUGAUUCCUGAGGUGUGCCUGUAUUUUUAUAAUAAACUGUACAGGGGAAAUAGGGUGACUAAGGUGGAUGCUGGGAGUUUCAAUGCCUUUUCCUCACCUAACCUGCCUCCACUUGCAAAUGCUGAGGUUGAUAUUACAAUAAACUGGGAAACAGUGUGGAGAGCCAAUACCAAAAAGAAAUUUCGAGUUCACACCAAUAUGAACAGGAAUGUUGGACUUCUGAGAAUCUUCCCAGGAAUCACGGCUGCUGCUGUUAAAGCAUUCCUUCAGCCUCCAAUUGAAGGCAUUGUACUUGAAACUUAUGGAAGUGGCAAUGCCCCAAACAACAGAGAGGACGUGCUGGAAGAACUGAAGAAAGCAGCUGAACGAAAAGUAGUGAUUCUGAACUGUACCCAGUGCUUACGAGGGUCUGUUAAAACCGUCUAUGCAACAGGGCAGUUUCAGAUGCUGAGUGAGAAUCUAAGAGGAGAAAUGACUGUUGUACCCACAGGAGCCAAGAUCUCUCUGAGAGAUAGCAAGUUUAUACAAGUGAUUGCCAAAUCUUUAAGUAUCAGCAGCAAGGAGGAGUUAGAAGCCGUAAGAGAUGCAUUAAUUCCACCUUUGGCUUGUGCUGCAGCUAAACUGGGUGACAUAGACGCACUAAGAGCCAUAGCAGAAAUGGGUGGAAACUUGAGCUGUGGAGACUAUGAUGGCCGAACUCCACUUCAUAUUGCAGCCUCUGAAGGGCAUUUACCACUAGUUGAGUAUUUGUUGAUGUCUGGUGCGACUGUUUAUGCUAGAGACAGAUAUGGAUCUACCCCACUGAUGAAUGCGAUCAAGUUCAGGCACAUACAAGUGAUUAAUUUGUUACGGGAAACGGGAGCGCACCUUUCAAGCCAGGACUUGGAGAAUACUGGAACAAUACUCUGCAGCCUUGCAGCUACAGGCGAUGUGGAUGGGUUGUAUGCCUGGUACCUAGCUGGUGCAGACCUGGAGCAAACUGGUUAUGAUGGCAGGAAUCCCUUACAAGUAGCAGAGGCUACAGGACAGAAGGAGGUUCUUGACUUCCUUAGACAAAAGCACUGAAGAAGAGGCUGCAGAAGAUGUUCAGUCAUCAUCAGAAAUACCGACUUGAACCAUUCAUGGUGUUAAGUCCUAAUGGGAGAAAAAGAGGAAAGGAACAAUGGUAGCUGUGCUUGGGGCAUACAGGCAAGCUAGAGCUUAGAAUGGUUCUUUAUUUAGAAUCACAUUGUUUUGCUAAAAAUUAUUUGCUGCUUUAUCUUUUAAUCACUUUUUUUGAAAAGAAAUUCUUUUAAACAAGUGACGCUGGAAUAUAUUGUCAUUCCUGUACAAAUUCUGUUUUUAAAGAGGCCUUUUGAAUAUUCUUAUGUUAGCUCACUAACAGUAUUGCAGGCAUAGCAAAUGGAAAUGCUGUGGUGAUUUCAUACCAAGGAAAAACAGUGGAUUGUGCAUUUCUGGGUUACAACUAAUAAAAUCUCUGAGGAACAAUGUUGAUUUCA